AGAAUUGAUCAAGACAGUGAUGGAUCCAGUAAAAGCCAAAGCUAAUUUUUCAAGAAUUUGUCAACUUUUGAUAGACAAAGGAGGCGAUGCGUUAAGACGUGCUUUACAUGAAAAACAUCCACCUUCCACUUUAGCUGCUGUAUUAAAUGCCAACAAAACGACAUUGAAGAAGAUAAGAUACAGUGUAAUUAAACCAUCACAAUGGGAGUUACUCUUUCCAAUUUCGGGUACACCAGAUUCAAACAGCUUUGAUAUCACUUUAUUGACAAUCCUGCACCGAAAUAUUUGUGGACUGCGUUCCUCUAUAUCUGCAAAUAUUACGAGAAUAGAAAUAUUUAGAAAUGAGAUCUAUGGUCAUAUACCAAGUCCUCAUAUGGACGAUAUAGAAUUUGACAGAUUGUGGAAAGAAAUUUCAGCACCUUUGAUUAAGUUAGGAAUUCCUCAACAGCGUAUUGACGAAUUAAAGGAAUCUCCUCUCAGUCCCGAAGAAGAAAGUUAUACUGAAAAAUUAAAGGAAUGGAAAGAACUAGAGGACAGUCUUUUGUCAAAAGACCUCAAUGUCGAAAAUGAACUUCUCGAAUUACGAAGGACAGUUGAAAAUGUGGUACCGUCACAAGUCGACCAACUAGCCAAGUUUGACUUCACUGGAAAGAUUGAUCGCCAUUGUAAAAAAUUUCAAGAUGGCACUAGAAAAUGGUUAUUUGAUUAUCUGUCCAGUUGGUUUGAUGAUGAAGAAUCCAGAGUUAUGACCCUGACUGCAGGUCCUGGCGUUGGGAAAAGUGUUUUGUCGGCGAAGGUUUGUGAGGUGUUUAAACAACGUGGCCAACUAGCUGGAUGCCAUUUUUGUGACUUUAGAAAUGCUGAUUCAAGAAAUCCUCACAGAAUUCUCCAGUCUCUUGCCAGUCAAAUGUGCGAUAACGUUGAUGGAUUUCGUGAUAAACUGACUGAAGUUCUUCGUCAUAAACAUUCUCAAGAUUCGCUAUCAGACGCAUUUCGCGUUCUUUUAAAUGAUCCAUUGCAUGCCCUUGUCAAGCGUGAGCCAAUACUGAUCGUUGUGGAUGCUUUGGACGAGAGUGAAACUGAUGUCAAAAGUGAAUUUUUGGAGUUCAUAUCAGACGAAUUUCCUGAAUUACCAAAAUGGAUAAAGAUAUUCAUUACGAGUAGACCAGAGCUGCAAGUACAGACGAAAUGUCAACAUCCAAAUCUCGUUGAAAUUCUUCCUGACGACCACCAUCACACUCUCGACUUAAAGUAUUUCAUUUUGCAUUGUUUGCCCAACCUAAGUGAAGGUAAUGUAAGUUCGCUUACUUCGAAGUGCGAGGGUUCGUUUCUGUACGCUUAUUACUUAGUCAACGAGUUAGAAGAAAUGGACGUGGGAAUUGAACCCAACCUAAGUGAUUAUGAUCCCAAAGGUAUUUCUGGGUUUUACGAAAAACAGUUCAAACGUUUCAAAAUUGAGAAUUUUGUAGACAUUUUACCUACAUUCUUAGCUAAUAAAUAUUCCCAGGAUUCCAAUGACGAAAGUAAGAAAUCUGACUAUCUUUACCAGCAAAAUUCCAAGUCUGGAAAUGAAAAACUGGACAACGACGUUGGUGUCAACGCGCUCAAAUCAAGAAGUUUCACCCGAUUGCGGGAGCCACCAGCUCCGAUCCUAUCUCUUAGACUGAAGGAAUUGAAUGAAGAAAACGUUUUUCUUAAGAAUGAAAUAAAAUCAUUACAAGCUACAUGCGAAGAUAUUUUGGCUGAGUUUGGGAAAAUGGCUGUUCAGAAAAGUGCAAAGGAGAACGAAGAAAGAAGAUUUGAACUCUUUCAGGAAAUAUAUCAUUCUCCAUCGUCCGAAGCUACUACUUUGCCUACCAAUAAACCCAGAUCAGUUGAAGAUAUGAAUGGCUCUAGAAAUAUGAAUGGCUCUCUAAAAACUCAAACCACAAAUGAAAACACUGAUACACCAUCAGUUAUCUAUCCACCUGCUUCAACUGAACAACCUGUCGAGGGGGCAGAGGCCUUGUUGCAACGAAGUAAUCAUCAACCUGGAAAAGAAAACGUGGUCACAAGUGACAAAGGCGAAAGCGAAAUUCAAAGGGGAGAUCGACUAAGUACUAAAGUAUCAACCUUCAAGGAUAGCAACGAAAAUCAAACUCCAUCAACACAAAACACAUCGAGUAAUACAUCGAGGGAUAAAACAAGUGGCGGAGAGCGAAUAUAUCAAUCUGGAAAAGUCCAGAGAGCCAGUGAUUUAGCAUCGACAUCCCGCCAAAGCUAUGAAAAUUUAUCUCUCUCCGUCCAACAAGACGAUUCUGGAGCAGAGAACAUAUCCCUUGGUAAUGUACCACCUACAUCAGUGGCAACAUCCUUGUACAACAACUACAAGCUCCUGUUACUAUCCCUGGGUCAAAGACUUCUUUCCUGCGACGUCGCAAAGCUGAAGAACUGGGCAAGCCAGAAUUUCUCAAUCAACGACCCACAAAAUGCUACUGAUGUUUUCUUUCAACUUGAUCAAAAAGCAGUUAUCAAUGCUUCAGAUUUAAGUCAACUUUCUCAUUUCUUCGAAUCCAUUGUCAGAAUUGAUCUUGUGUAUAUUAUCGACGCAUUUCUUCUUGGUGAUUAUAGUAAACUUCGCCAAACUUCACCACCUAAACAACAAGCAGCAAAUGCAGCCCAAACCUCCCAGUGUCGCUCCACUACAAUGUAUCAAAGUAUGUUCAAUGCAAUGAACACUGGUCGUCAAUCUUUAGUCAAUCCUGCUGCUAGCGGUACAUUAGUAACAAGUCCAGGUAGAAAUUCAGCAACUUUAAGCAAACCAGGAAACGGAAAUGGACCACAAAGAUCUCUCCCUGAACAAAAACAGCCGCCAGCUUUCCGAAAUUUGUCAGAUACAACCAAUCCAGCACGCUUCCCUAGGUCUCCAAACGAAAACCAAUCCACCGCCUCUGAGCAGCAAAACCUUAAACCUGCUACAACUGGAUUUACUCCUAUUGUUGAUGGUUCUAGUCUUACAAGUAAGCGUUUCUUGAUAUUUUUGACAGGCGUGAUUUUAGAAAUUGAGUAUACUGUACAUGUCAUUUAAGUAAGCGAACAUAUAGCAAUCAUAUUGACUAUAUGAUUUAAUUAAGCUUCUCCUUUAAAGAUUCGAAUUUAAAACCGGACGAUCUCUUUUUCUAAGAGUGAAAAACACAAGGGGAGUUAUUUCAUGUACUGUGAAUAUCUGAACUCCCAAUGUUCAUGCGUCUAUUGUAUUUUGAUCUUUGCGCAACCAAAUUUCGUUUCGCAAUUAAUGCUGGAUCCUUGUAAAAUCCCAUUGUGUCUUUAGUCCUAGAUAUCCAAAUUCUGAUCUUACACAAGUAGUAAAAACUUUCAUAGCAUAACCUUUAAGGAAAUAGAUGCAUAUGCAUACUGUACAAAAGACGCAGUGUUCUAAAGAAAACCACCAUUGCGGAAUGUACUUUGCCUAGAGAGUUUCGUUUUCGUGUACGUGAUAUGAAUUAAAGCCUAAUAUCUGAAUCACAAAAACGAGUCCUAUAGUGCAGUUAAUGUUUCGGCCUACAAUGACACCUGACUGCAUAAAGACUAGUAAUCCAAGGCAUCAUUCAUUUGCGUUCCUGUGUCUGUAAUUAUUAACUUUGUAAUAUGGUAACGUAAAUUUAUUCAUAAUUUUUUUCAUUGUAAUUUUACUGUUAGUCUGAUGAUGUCUUGAGUCAAGACGAGACGUCACCGACAAUAAUACUUAGAAAUGAACAAUAACAGUUAAAUGACAGUUUGAAAGAGUGUAUUUGUAUCGUUUGAAAAACAGACGAAAGAAGAACAAUGGCAGGAAAUUCUAUGACAAGAACAAAUCCAUCAGUGACAAACAACCCACGAAACACUCAGGCAGUCGGAAGUAAUGGUUUAAAACAUUCCAAAUUUCAGCGUCCAGAAGCAGAACGAAGCAGCAUUUCUAAUUCCCAGUCCCCCGGCGGUUCUCGUAACCAGUACCUAGACAGAGAAGAUAAUUGGUUAUGCAGCCAUUACAAACGACAUUGUUACGUCAAAUUUGAAUGUUGCAACAGCUUUUGGCCGUGUCAUCGUUGUCAUAACAACCAAAGCACGUGUGGACGAAAGAAACUUAAAUCCCGUGACACGCAGAUGUUGAAGUGUGUAUAUUGUAACAAAGUCCAACAGGUAGCUCAAAAUUCAUGCUGUGAAAAUACUGUCUAAGCUAAGCGUCUGUAUUUGCCCUGAUUUCAUUCUUGUGAUUAGGUUUUCUAUUGGGUGUUUUAUGUCGUAUAGUUCUAUCGUAGUUUUAAGUUUAAUCAAACAUUUGUGCGAACAGGUCAAUCACAGUUGUUAUAUAAUAUGUUGGUGAUUAAUAUAGACAAUAAAUUUGAAUCUCUAUAUGAAUUAUUUCUAUUAUUUAGUUUGGUGAUUCUUGCUGCGAUUGUGGUGCAAAAUUUUCCGCGUAUUACUGUGGAUUGUGCAAACAUUUAACUGGCAAAGAUGAUAAUCCCUAUCAUUGUGUGAAAUGUGGAAUCUGCAG